CGAGGAUGGCGAGGAGCGUUUCGUGCCCCUCGGACCCGGCCGUGCGCUCCCCAAGGGCCCGGCCCGGGGCGCUGUGAAGGUGGGGAGUUUUAAGCGGGAAAUGACUUUCACGUUUCAAUCAGAGGACUUAAAACGUGACUCCAGUAAGAAGAUGUCUCAUCACUUGUUCCCCCUGGCCAUGGAGGAAGAUGUGAAAACAACAGACACUAAAAAAGCCAACCGGAUCCUUGAUCAUGAAAAAGAAAACACUCGAUCCGUCUGUCUCCUUGAGCAAAAGCGAAAAGUGGUUUCCUCCAAUAUUGAUGUCCCUCCAGCAAGGAAAUCGUCAGAGGAACUGGACAUGGACAAGGUAACUGCAGCAAUGGUACUGACCAGUUUGUCAACCAGCCCUUUGGUCCGAAGCCCUCCUGUGAGACCGAAUGAGGGGCUCAGUGGGUCCUGGAAGGAGGGUGCGCCUUCCAGCAGCAGCAGCAGCGGUUAUUGGAGCUGGAGCGCCCCCAGUGACCAGUCCAAUCCAUCCACACCAUCUCCACCACUGUCCGCUGACAGCUUCAAGCCCUUCCGCAGCCCUGCACCACCAGACGAUGGCAUUGAUGAGGCCGAGGCCAGCAACCUGCUCUUCGAUGAGCCCAUUCCCAGGAAGAGAAAGAACUCCAUGAAGGUGAUGUUCAAAUGCCUCUGGAAAAACUGUGGAAAGGUGUUGAACACGGCAGCGGGUAUCCAGAAGCACAUCCGGGCCAUUCAUCUCGGGCGAGUUGGAGAAUCUGACUACAGUGAUGGAGAAGAGGACUUCUAUUACACGGAGAUCAAGCUCAACACGGACUCAGUGGUGGAUGGCCUGAGCAGCCUGGCCCCAGUUUCACCCUCCCAGUCCCUGGCUUCACCUCCUACGUUCCCCAUCCCAGACUCCAGCCGAACAGAAACUCCUUGUGCCAAAACAGACACUAAGCUGAUGACACCACUGAGCCGCUCAGCUCCCACCACCCUCUACCUCGUGCACACCGACCAUGCUUACCAGGCCACACCCCCAGUGACCAUUCCAGGAUCGGCCAAGUUCACCCCCAAUGGCAGCAGCUUCAGCAUUUCUUGGCAGUCUCCUCCAGUCACUUUCACAGGCAUUCCAGUAUCUCCAACACAUCAUCAUCCAGUGGGCCCAGGAGAACAGAGACAGCACGCCCACACGGUCCUGUCCUCACCACCCAGAGGCACAGUCAGCCUAAGGAAGCCCAGGGGAGAAGGCAAGAAGUGCCGGAAGGUAUAUGGGAUGGAGAACCGGGACAUGUGGUGCACAGCCUGCCGCUGGAAGAAGGCCUGCCAGAGAUUCAUCGACUGAGCCAGGCAGCAGGGAUGUCACAUGAAUUGAAGUCGGACUGUGUGUCCAGCUCUGUCUUGUCAAGAUUGUAGCCGAGUUCUUGGGUCAUCGUCCUGCUCUCCGCCCUCUACCCAGGUAGAGAACACCAGACUGCCCAGCAGGUUUGCUUCAAACGGAGCACAGCUGACAUGAAGUCCCAAACCAACUUCCAUUCUGAGUGCACUUUUACAGAUUUUGUGCUUUAGCAUGUCUGGGGAUGAGUUAGUGAACAGUAGCAGCAUUAUAUGGAUAAAUGGAAGAUCUAAACCUUUAUUUUUUUCUUAUAAAAAUAUUGGAGCUAUUAAGAAUUUGCUCAGAAAGAAACAUAACAGGACACCCAAAGGAAAGCGCAUCUUGGUAUAGGACUCUCUUGUACUGGGCUCUAGCCACUGGGAUUUCUAACCUGAUAUACUUGUAUAUUUGCUGUUUCAGGGGUGGGAAGUGAGGAACAGCCACCAAACCCUGUCAGUAAGCUCAUUUUCUAUCUGCCCUGCUAGAGAGCUGUUUCUCCUGUACCUAUGCAAAGUAAGAGCACCUUAUAGGAGGCGCUGGGUAGGGAUGGAGGAUGUGGUAUCAGCCAUACGAAUGUUAAAUGAAAUUGCACAGAGGAAAACUUAAUGUAUGUUUAGAGAUUGUACAUAUUGCCUUUUUACAGAGUAGAAAGAAGACAUCUAAUAAUCAGAGAUAUCCUUUUUUAAUAUAAGGGGUAUGUAAGGGGUUCUGCAGUGCAACAUCCUUAAUUUGUACAUUCAUAUAUUUUGGCAAUUUUAUUUUUUAAAUUCUCAUGUGACUUUUUAAAAACUUAUUCCUUAGAAGAGAUCCUGGUCUUUCCGUCAGAUAUUUAAAAGAAAAAUGCUUAUUUCAAAAAAAAAGAGAGCUUCAUCUAAUUUCAUAUGAAGAUUGAUAAUCAACAUUGACCACACCAGCUAUACUAGUUUGACCCUCAGCCAGGAAAUGGUGAUUUCAAUGCAGAAAUGUGCUAGGUUCCUUUUCCCUGGGCAUCUCCUUCUUUGUCCUCCUGUCCCUGCACUGCUGUGAAAUGAUGCUCUAGCUGGUCCAGGAGGCACUAAGCAACAAGGGAAUGGCCAUGGCAUUGGUUAGCUGUUUGAUCAAGUUCACCAUAUGCUUAAACACUACGAUGAGUCCUAGGCCAGAAGCAUUUUUUUUUUCCUCAGCAGAGCUUCUAGGAUUUUGAUCCUCGGGUAAAGUCUUUAAUCAGAAGAUUAAAGUAAUGUUGAGUUGAGUCCAUCUUCUGUUGAAGAACUUUGGAAUAAGGGAGUGAUCUUUGCAGGGGAGCACUCCUUAAGCAAGGCCCUGUGACUGUCAUCUCCAAAGAUACAGCUGAAGAGUAAUUCGGAGCCCAGGCUAAUUAUCUGCUUUUCAGGCAAGAUGCAUUGUCAGCAAAACCGUGACACCAAAUGUGCUUUCCUGUGUCCCUCCUUCUCCCUAAAGCCUCUUCAUAUCAAUUCUUCUGCCCUUCCUGUGCUGCUGGGAGUUCCAUCCUGCCCACCAGCCCUAGGCCGUGUGUCCUUUCUCUUCUGACUUCCAGGUACAGACAGACCCUGAGCACAGUCCUGGCCACGCACAUGCCCAUUUCAUGUUCAGAGGGGUAUAAUCACGGGAGACCAGCAAGCUCUGAAUUGCAACAUACAGCUGCUGAUUGUAUGAAUUACAUUUUUUAAGUAGUUAUUUUGUUAUUUGGGGAACUAAAUGAAGUGCCAAAUGAAGCCAGACUUUUGUUUGAUGCCAUCUCUGUGGAACCAAGUUCUUUUUGUGUCUAUAUGUGGUGGAGAAACAGGGGAAAGGUGAGAAUAAUAGUCCUGGGCAAGCUGGCGUACAUCGAGGAUGCUGAUAUAGACCUGUCUGCAAAUGGAGUGAUAAUGCAAUGAAUUCUCAUCCAGUAGAAAUGUCACGUUCCUUUUCUUCCUUGAUGCCCCUUCCUCCAACAAAGCCUUUUCAUUUCUCCCAGAGAAGGUGUCUCACGGUGACUGCCAGGACACUUUCCCGCUGACUGCAAAGCAACAUGUGCGUCACGCAAUAGUUUCCAGCCUUGGCCUCCUUCCCAGAGUACAGACACUCAGUUCAUGGAAGGCAGUGAGAGGACUUGGAGAAAACACCCAGGUGGCAAGUGGAUGAGAGAGACAAUACAGCAGGACUGGGGACACCUGGUUCUUGCUCAUCUUCUUGGGGCCAGCAGUGACUGUCUCUGAGCACAUCCCAGGGAGCCUCAUGCUAGCUACAGCUGCCACAAACAAGAUGAGAGCUGCUCUAGCCAGGGGCUGCCCAACAGUUUCAUGCUUUGUAACACCUCCUUACUGGGAAGUUUCUCCCUGGGUUGGCAAAAGCCAAAUCAGGAAAAGAGCCAGGGGUUUCCAAACAGGAGUGGGCUUGCUCAUCUGAAAACUACAUGUUGGUAGCACUGUGUUCAAGAGUUUCCUUAUAAGAUGAUCCCUUACCUUUCGUGACCAUGCUAUAAGUGAACUUUUUCAGUAGAGAAACUUUUAAGUGUAUGUUACAAAAACAAAAAAAAUCUGAAACUGAAAUCUUCCCCAUUGCACUUGAAGAUCACUUGAGUUGAAGUCCACCAUCUCUGGUGUCACAGCGCGCCACACUUUGAUCAGAAGCCCUGGGUUCUGAGUGAGCUGGCCCUGCAAGCUCCCUUUCCACUGGCUGCACUGCAGAGGAAGUGUGGUGUUCACUUGAGAAGGUUCUGAGCAAAGUGGCUAGAACUGUACAUGCAAGAGAGAGUACCUUGAGCAUAGUAGCAAAAUACUGUAAAUCACACUCAUCUCCUCAGGGAAACAUUAAGGGUGAACGUAGGUCUGCAGAACCCUAAGACUAGCAAGAAUUUUAUUGUCUCAAGUCUUGUCUUGUUAGAACAGGUUUUUUCACGUAAACUUGGUAUCAUUUUGAGACAAAUUUAUGUCAACUGGACAGUCUCAACUUCCAUGAGGUAGGAGGAAUAUGCCCCAUGGAAAACUGUGUCUUUGUAGCUAGCCUGAAGUCUAAGGCUGACUAGUGUUUGAACCACAGGCACAGAGCCUGCUGAGUAGUCAUAGACUUGGUGAGGCUUUUCUGAAUGUAGUUGUGAAUAUGAAGCCUUGCUAUUCUUUUUUAUAAUCUCCCAAUUUGGGUGACUGUUUAUUAGCUAUACGCAGCAUUCUCUAGGUGAAAGAAAGCUGCAAAGAUGUGCAUUUUGCUUUAGUAGCAUGUUAAGGAGCAAACUGCCAUGGACUCUUAUGGACAAGGUGCUGCUUUUUCUCACAUCCUAUAGGAUUUCCACCAACCACAUCAACUGUAGCAUUGACCUGUGUGAACACAGGGAGGGAUGUGUGCAUACAGAUAAGUGGAACCAGCAGGAUCCAUCGAUAUGAAUGGGGGUGUGGAUCUUUUUGGAGGUUGUGCUGAGCACACAAGUCAACUGGAAAUUUCAUUUCUUUGAGAAAGGAACCUACCAGCAGCACACAGGCUCAUCCUGGUCUACCUGCCUGGGUUGCAACCAUUUCAUCCUGUCUUUUCUGCAUUAUAACUAGCCAAAUGGGAAGUUAGUGAAUAAAAGGAGGUUAGCAAUUUUAGUUGUGAAUUGUGUCACUAAGUAAUACACACCACCAGGGCAAGAAAGUAUAAAAUGUACUUAAGAUCGACUUGUUUCCUAUGAUUGACUUUGAAAAAGCCCAUUUCCAAUGAUAUACAUGCUUUAAAAAGUGUAUCUAUCACAGGACCAGGAAUCAAGAUGGGAAUUUUAUCCUCCUGUCCUGUUUUGUAAAUAGUUCCUUUUUUCUGAAGACAAUCUCAUGUUUUAUAAUUUUUGUUGUGUGGGUCUGAGAAUCACAAUGGUAAUGUGUUGUAGUAAAAUAUAAUCUUGAAUACAAUAAUUACAACUUAAAUUUCCAAAUGAAAGGAGAAAUAUCCUUCUUACACUUCUAUAAUUCUAAGAGACAUGACAUUUUUAUAAUAAGCAUUACUACUCAACUUCUCAAGUUAACAGAACUGGAAAUAUUUUACAAGAUGCAGUGUUUUGUAAUCACAAAGAACAUGAACACUUUGUGGGAAAUGACCUUGUUUUAUACAUUGUAGCUUAUUUUUUAAAAUACAGUAUUUUAAAAGACAGGAAGUGUUAAUAUUGUACACAAUUCCUGCUCACCAAUCCAAGGGCUAUGCCUCUUUUAAGCAAGUUUUGUGAUGUGUAGCUUUUCAAUUAACCCUCUGAGCAAAGAUGGAAAUGCAGAACAGAUAGAAAAGUUAUUUGUAAGAGAAUCAGUGUAGCAGCCACUACUUUACCAUAACAAGUGUGUUUUCAAAGCAUCAUGGGAAAGUCACUUGAAGAUUCAACUUCUGUGUUUUAAACCUAAAAAAGAUGCUAGCAGAUAUGCUUCUAUACUAGGCCAUGGGAGAAACAUUCAUUAGUGUAGAAUGAAUUCUGUGUUACAAGUUUUCUUCUCUAUCUAUCAGAACCACAUACCUGCAUUUAACUAGCAAACAUCUAGUGGAAAUGUCUAAGAUCCUAGUAUAUACAUCUAAAGAGAAUUCUUAAGAAGUCAGUGGUGUUUAAAAUUAUUUUGUUCUCACCCCCAACUAAAUAACUUUAAUUUCAUCAGAACAAUUCCUUAUUUUGGUUUUUGUUUUUCACUGUGAAAAACUCACAGAAAGUGAGCAGAAAGUGACCGUAUUCCUAUGGGAUAUAGGAAACGAGAUGAAGCCACAGAGACUAUUAACUGCACAGAUAGUUGUAAGCUUUGCCAAGACUGUUUUAGAAUGCUGUGCAAUGCUCUUAAGACCAUUCAUAUUGCAAGAAAGCAUCAUUUUUCAUGAGACUUUAGGGAGUCAAACAGCUGGCCUAAUUAGCCAAGUGCACAGGCAAUAUCAAAAGAGAAACUGAGAGAGUAGCCAUACGCCCAUUGGGCAACUCCUAACAAAUGGUCAGAAGGCCAUUCGAGAUGUUGGUUCCACGUAAGCUUUAAAAUCUGUUUACGUGAGGACUGUUUACAAGGCACGAGGGAACCCAUGUGCAGCUGUGGCACCCAGUCUCUGAGACGAGGUUGCAUACAACUACAUGGUCAUGCCUUCAACAGCACCACUGUCUGCAUUCCCAGGAAGUGUUCACUGCUGUGUGGGUUUGAACCACACAGGUGCAUCUUAUUUCACCUUUAAAUAGAAGAGUCCUUCUGGUGUGUAGCAGAAGCUGCAGAUUUAGAUGCCUUAGACAGUCCAGGCAAGUACUGUUAAUGAUAGCAUAGAUCAGGACAAAGAGAGACUAGAGAACAGUGGAAACGAUGUUGAAGUGGGCAGCUGACAUUCACUGACACAGAAGACCCACACUCAGCUCUAGACAAUCAGACCCCACAGAAAUCAGGCUAGGCUGCUAGAUCUAACUUAGAAAUGUGGUAUCACCUGACAGUUAAGUGUUAACAACCAAUGCAGAUACUUGGCCAACACUGCAGACCAAAGAGAAACCAUGUGGGGGCAGAGGCAUCCUGUGGCCACUAGUUCAGCUGUGGAAGUCAGUUUCACACUCCUUGGCUGUCAGGCCUAGUUCCCCCAUGAGCCCCGCAGACACACACGUUGGCACAGUCUGAGCAGUAGACAUUUAAAAAGGAAAGAAGUUAUUUCUCCCCUAGAGGUUAUUCUCAUGGAAGACUUAAAAUAGAUAUGUCAUAUCUUUAGAUUAGCCUUGCCCCUGAUUAGAGCACACUGAGUCAUUCCCCAGCUCUGGCAAGAGCUGCCUCCUGGCAUACCCAGACUGUGCCCCAAAGCACUGAGUAGCUGUAACCCUGACUCUUAUUGUUUCCACUGCCGUGACCACUGUGAAAAGAGGCUAGCAAAAAGCAAUCUCGUGCCUUUGUAGAAGGCAGCCAGGUGCCCCUGAGGUUUUAAGGUGACACAUGUCGCCUCCUGUGCCAAAGCCCUCUGCCCUCCCUCUAUGCUCUGGGAGCCAUGUACCCCUUUCUUGUACCAGUACAAAGUUGCCAUUAUUUCACCUCUGAUCUGGCAAGGUCCUUGCUUCAGAAUUGAUAGGCACUUAGGUGUUUUGGGGUGUCCAUUUGGCUCAAAGGAAGUUUUUUCACAUAGAAAACCAUAGCAUCUUUUGAGGGCAAAAUCAAAAUGAAAGUAAGCAUAUCAUGGGGAAAAAAAGCAUAAGUAGGUUGCAGAUAGUUCCUAUUGUCCUGAGGGACUACAGUGUUUUAAACUGCAUUGUAUACUGAAGUCCUGGUGUUAUUGGGAUAAUUCUAUAUGAUAAAGUAUGUCUCUUUAAGACAUUAUUUCAUUUGAUUGCUGUAAGAACCUUGUGUAACAUUUCUGCAAGGACCACCACCACCCACUUCCAGGGCUAACCCAGAGAAGUAUUAAACCUCAGAGUCAGCAUCAUUUUAGUAAACAGCUCAGCCAUCUUCCACAGUGACUCAAGACCUGUGAAGGGAGACCCAAGGCCCUGCCUGUUUUCAGUUCAUUCUUUGAAUCUGCAAGGAAAGAGCACACUCCUUCAUGUUGCCAAGUGCAAACCUCAUCAUCCCAAUAUGUGUCCCCUACUAUAACUUCCAUGCUUGGUUCCCAAGUUCCAGCCAGUUCAGUAGUAGGUAUAGGAAUUUGUUCACUGGAUCAGCGUUCUUGUCAAAGUUUUGACUCCUUCUGGAAUCCAACAUUUUCUAGUUACAUAAACUUAAAUGGAUGCCAGAAAAUAUAAAAACCAGCUAAGUUACAGUUUGUAGUAUCAAAUCAGAAAGGACAGUAAACACGAAGUUAUAGGUACAGAAAGUAUUGUUAAGUCACGUUUAAAUUUAAUGCAGUUUAAACAACAUUGGCAAAGCCUGAGAUUUCCUUCCUUAUAAAUGAUUAAGAGGCUGUCCAGUGUAUGAAUGAACGUCAUCUGAGCUGUCUCCCAGUCUCUUGGAGCAGCAAGCUAACAUCCUGAGUUUAAAACACUCACUGGGAACCUUGUCAGAGGAUUAGAAGGAACUUCAGAAAAACUAUACAGGCCUGUUGCCUAGUUAACUAGCAAUUUUCUAAGUGAACAAUAUUUUUAUCCUGUUUCUGGGGUAAUUCAGUACUGAGGCAGAAAUUGGUUUAGCCCUCUUCUACUCUAUGAAAGGAACCAUUUAUAUAGUGGUUUGCACCAGUGUCCGACCAUCAAGUGUUAGGGAACAAGAAAGUUCUGUUUCCAAAACCAAAUAGCUAUAGAUUUUAAAGAAAUGUUCAGAUUAUGAUUAAAUUGUAAUUGUUUUUGAAAGAAAAAAAAAAAAGUUCUUUCCUGAUGGGCAUUGUCCAUAGAAGUUUGAAAUUUCAGAGAACAUCCCCUUAUUUAUAAUUACAAAAAUGGUAAAAAUUAAUCCUUAAGGCCAGUUAACUAUUAUACUUUCUUACUAGGACCAGUUCCCAAAAUUUUAAUUCAGGAAAUUAACUCAAAGUAAAAAUGGCAAGGCCUGAAAAAGGCAGAGCUAUCAUUAAAGAAGUUUUAGAAAAAACAAACAUGGCUCCUUGUUUACUUCUGCAUUCUCUAUAUCCCUGACUUUUGGAGAGGAAAGGACUUUAAAGGAGAGCCUGAGAGAGCAGGCCCCGCUGUUUUCUGCCAUCUUGACAAUGGCCUUCAGAUUUACUGGUGGCCAUUCGUUCUUGGCCCUCACCUCCCGAAGCCAGAGGCCAGACAGUUUGUACUGGUUCAUUUCCAAAGCUGGGGAUGAUCCAUUCUUGUUCCUGGGCCACUGGCUGAAUGCUGUCUCCUAAAUCACUGUGCCAGGGUCUGGAUGCUUAUCCUUGCAGUGAGUAUGGUUGCCUGCUUCUUGAAGGGAAGCAUUCCCUCCAUUUGCACAGGUAUAGUCUCCAGCAGCAGCCUGCCACACUCAGUCCAAAGGAUCAGUCCAGUCACCUCUGCUAGCCCUCAGAGCAAGCAGGACAGCAUGUGCCUGGAUCUGUGUUGCGAUGGGGCACUGAGAGCAGCACAAGAGGACUUCAUACUAAAUCUCUCCAUGCUCUGGCUUCUGCCUGAGGAUUAUAGAGUGUGAGAAUGAGAUUGGCCUCCACUGCAUAAAAGGAAGUAGCUCCUACAGAGUAUAAUUGUUUCCAUUUUGAAUUUCUGGAGAAAGGAGAGGAAAUUACUUCAACCUGCUCGCCUUGUUCCUCACUCCAGGAUAGCCCCUUUCCAUAUUUUGAGCACAGGUAACAAGACAGAGUAUGGAAGCAAAGCACUGAGGGCUUGUGGUUGCUAGUUGGGUUUGAAUCACCCCUCAGGGGUCUAACCCCCUUAAGGGAAGGAUGCAGAACUUUCAGAUUACAAAUAAUCCCUAAGAAUAUUUUUUAGCCCCUUUCCCAGUAUUCCGCUUACUGGACGUGACAUGACCAACCUCAGUGGUGGCAGCACAGCCUCUCCUUCACAGAGUCCCAACUGUGAGGAAACUGGUAGAAAGCUUUAGAGUAAACCUAGAUGUUUAAGAAAGCACUCAGUACCCCUAAAGUAUACUAGUUCCCUGACUUCAACAACUCAAAAUACCCUGGGUGUCAAGUAACUCAGGAAUGUGGGUCAUAUUUAUAUAUGUACCAUUAUUCCAUAUUUUCCUACAGUGCACCCUAAAAUUCCUAUUUUUGUAAUAGAUGGUGGUCAACCACUUAAACAAAUACUCUCUGAACUAACUAGUAACCUUGUAUCCCCUAGUGUAGUUUCCAAAGUAUUUCAUAUAUCAAAAUAUAUACUUAGAAGAACUCAGGAUAAAAAAAUAUCGCUAGGUCCCAAAGGGUUCAAGACUAUCAUCAAAAGCAGCUGCCAGUGGCCUAAUGGGCAUUGCUUACAAAUGAGGGAACUGGGGCAAGAGGAUGGUAAUUGGCAAACCUCUGCUGCCCCUAGUCAGUGGUAAGGGUUAAGCAUACUCUGCUUUGAAAAUUUAAGCCAUCUUUUGAAUUGUUUUCUGCACCAAAUCUAAAAUAUUAAAAUGAAGGUACUGAGUAUUUAAAGUGGGACAGUUAGUGGAAAUGCUGUCCAUAAAAAGCAUUGCUCAUAGUGUCUCCUAACAACAAUAAAAAAGGCAGACUGGGGCCCAGGAAUCAGUCCUCCUUGGGGCACUGGCAUUAGAGUGGCAGGCGGGCCAGUGCAGGCACUAAUUCAAAAGUCUAGUUAGCAACGCUGUCCAGUGUGUAGAGAUCUUUUAAGGUACAAUCUUGCCAUCAUUUCAGGGGUAAGCACUUCCUUACAAAGUCUUUAAUAAUAGUGAAUGAAUGUAUAAAAUUAUAAACUAUGCAUUUUCAAAGAGAAACAUGUAUUUUGUAUCAAAUCCAAGUACUUUUUUUUUCAUAGAGAUGAUCAACUAUAGAUUAUUCAAAGUAAAGAAGAAUGCAGGAUGCUUCCUGUUCUUCCAUCUGAUGUUUUAAAGACAGUACAUUAGACUUUCCUCUGAAACUCCAGACUCAAAAGAAUAAAAAAUAGCCAGUACAAUGAAGGAGGACAAAGCAGUUUGGAUUUACUACUUAAGCAGGGCUCUCAAAAAGUGCCCAGUUCCUUAGAGGGGGAUGUUGUAGUAACACUGAAUAAAAGCAAGCAAGGGCUGGGAUGUGGCUCAGUUGUAGAGAGCUUACCUAGUGUAUAUGAGGGCCUAAGUUCAAACCUUAGCAUUGCAAAAUAAUAAAACAAUGGCAAACAAAACUUUAGAAAGUUAUGAGUUGCAUGGCUAAAAAUGACCCAGAUUUAUCUUUUAUGCUUAAUUCUAAAUGGGCUGGGAGUUUCUUUAACGAGUUUAGGUUAUUUAGUUUCAAAGAACAAAAUAUAAAAAUAUUGUCCAACAAGGCAAAUGAUUUUUUUUUUUGCAAAAUUACAUGGAGGUGGUUAUUUAAAAUUUUCAAAAUCUCUAUACAAUAUACACAAAUUUCUUCAGCCUUCUUGCUGAUCUGUAUUAUCAUGAAACCUUUUCCUUUAAUAAUUGCUCCUUGGUCAGUGCUUAAUUACAUUGUUCAGCAUUAACAUCCUCCCCUUCAUCCAACAAAGUGGGCAUGAAGAACUUCAUUUCUCUGCUCUUCCGGUUCUCUUCUGUCUGUUGAGAAAGUUUCUAGAAAGUUUUGUAAAAUACGGGAAAACCCACUUCUAAACCUGGUACUUGAGGUCAUACUGGAUGUGUUUGCUACCUAAUUAGAAGUUAGUGGGGGAGGGGCAAUGUGUCUUUUUAUAUGAUUUUUAGCCAAAUCCAGAUGUUCUGAUACUACGUUUCUGAAUACUUUUCUGACUGUAAAUACUGCCUGCAGGGGUUCAGGUUGACUAACCUUUUCUGCGACUGUUCCUCAGCCAUGCUCCUUGCCAGCUUUUGGCACACUGUACAUAGAUUCAUCGAAUGUUUCAAUGAUGUUGUUUUUCUAAAUGCUGUUCUCUAACACAUUUUUUGAAUUUUUUUUUCUUUUCAUUGUUUUGGACUUUGUGUGUUAGUUUUACAAGAUAUUUCCUAAAGAUUUAACACCAGGAAAAAAUAUUUUAAAAUAAACUGGUGCUAAUUGGAACAGAAGAAAAUUUUCGGUUUGAAGAUUUACAAGAGAAAAUGUUCACACCAGUUAAACUGCACUUCCCCAAAGGGGCAGCUGCCGUCCACUUACAAUGGACAUCAAGAGGACCAGCAAUUGUUGAUGGCCCAUUUGAGUGUGAAGCAGCAAGGAGAUCUGUUCCUGCAGACGGGAGUUGCUCUGCGGUCCUCUAAGCAUGCAGUAGAAGGGAAGGCGUAGAGGAAGAAUCCUUUAGUAAUAGUGUUCUGGUCUUUGGACUUUCAUGUUCUGUAAUGCUUAGCUGUAACAAUGAAUAUGAUGUUGCCAAUCUAGUCUGACGUCAUCGUCAACCUGUACUGACUCUGUGUAUGGUUCUACCCUUGGCUUGCACUGGCACAAACUGAGCCAGAACAUGGGACUUUCAGUAAGACCAUUCUGACUUCUAUGGUGUCCACAUACAUGAAUUUAAAUGCACUUGUAACUGGUUAAUUACCAUGAAAUAAGUCUAACUUCCUCUUAAUAAAGGUUUUUGUGUAUCUGCUUCUA